AUGGUCGCAACGGUUACCAAGUCAACAAAACAAAAUGGCCGCAGAGGUUGCAGUGUAGAUCUCAUGCUGGAUGAUGAACCGAAUGUUGUAGGAAGCAGCAUCAUGUCGCACACGAAACUGCCCCCUCUACCACCCUCCCUGACAACAUAUCCUCAACCCAACACAAAUGGCAAAACUGUAAAACAGUACACUGGACUGAGUGGAUCAAGUUAUAGCCUGACUGGCCCAUCUGGUAGUACAAAGUUUGCUCUCCCUUCAGCGGCUGUACUGCAGCCCUAUAUAGACACCAGGGCAGGGACUUUGGACACAUGGCCAGCACAUGCUCUUGGUCCCAGUGCCCCAGAUCUCAACCCUGGGGUGGCCAAACAGAGUAAUGAAUUCAUGCCAAAGGGUGUGCAUAAGCCAAAGUUCCUGGAACAAUUAGAGGCUUUCUUGCAAAAAGAAUUGCGCUCUUUAGAUUGUGCAGAAAUGGUUCCAAGUGAAAAAAGAUUACAGGCUUUUAGGGAGGUAUUUGAAUAUUUAAUAGAAGACUUCAAGACUUACAAGCCUCUGUUAUCAGCAAUAAAGCAUGAGUAUGAGAUGAUGUUGAUUCAUCAGAGGGAGAAGAUCAGGGAACUGGAACCUUUGAAGAGCAUGCUAGUCACAGUAUCUGAGCAAUGUGAAAAGAAACUUCUAGCUGUCAAACAGGAAGAGAAAUCAGAUAUGCUGGAGAUGAAGAAGGAGAAUCAAAGACUUCAAAAUAUAAUAACAAAACUAAGAGAGGAACAAGUGUCACUCCAAGUUCAAGUAGAGAAGCUUCAAGAGGAACUUGCUGCCGAAUACCUGAGAUAUAGGAACGAGUGCGAUGCUAGGAAAAUGUUGAUAGCGGACAUAAACGAACUGAAAUAUCAACAGGAGGAUGCCAAAAAACCAAACGCUGAAGAAGAAGGGGAAGGAAAAGAAGAUGUCACCUUCCUAAAAUUGGCUCUUAAGAAAGCGCGCGAAGACCUCGACGCUAAGAAUAAAAAGCUGGCGGAAAUGGAAGCUGAUUAUGGUGAUGUCGUACCAAGACGAGACUUUGAAAGGCUUGAAGCGCAGUUUAAUAAAUUGCAAAAAGAUAUGGAGACAUUUACGGUGGAUAAUCAAAAACUCAUGCAAGAACACAACGCAAUUCUUGAAGUACACAAGAAAGUUGUUGAGCAGAGAGACCAGUACGCUCAUGACACUGAACAGAUGAGAAGAAGCGCUACUCCAAGACCUCACUGGGAGAAAUGUGGUCAGUAUAUUGAAGGUGGAAUCGAUCGCUGGAACGAGUUGUCACAGGACAGAAGUAGUGAUGAGCUUGUGGAUAUUUUACUAGCAGAAAUGACAGGACAAGAUAUUGCUAUUAUUCAGGCUGGAGUGAACACGGGAGCGGAAUACUUCACUGGACAGGGUACAGGCCCUGAAGUGCCCAGGUUCCUACGUUUUGAGGGACAAGUUCGUAACAGACGGCUUGGGAAGAGGGAUACGUCACUGCUUAUUAAGGACAUCUGGCAAGAAAAGGCUGCCCAUGAUGCGGAGAAACCGGAUGGAGAACGCGAUGACUUGGGCGAAUUCUUGUAUCAGUAUCUCCAAAGGCGAUUUGGUGUCGAGAACAUGAUCGUCGAAUGGGGAUACAAUCUUUACGAUGCAUGUGGAAGAUACUCACACGAUCCCAGAAUAGGACUGUUCUUCGGCAUUCUGCAGAAAGAGGUCGACGAAGCUGUUCAUCACGAUCAGCUAGUAAUGUUAGAGAAACUUUACAAUGCUUUGACUAAAGUUGAUCUGGCAGCAGGAAACCAGGGUACAUUAUCCCGCGCAGACCUGGAGCAAUGCCUGCGGUCGUUUUUCCCGUUGAAAGACGAUGAAUCAAUUGAAGCGUUAAUGAAAGCCUGCGAACAGGAAGCACCGGGAGAGAGUGUUCAAUAUAAAAAUCUGUUUACUGAGGACGAGGAAGGGCGGUCUGGUCCAUUUGUGGACAAGAUCAGAGAACAGGAAAAGCUUGAGAAGACCAUGUACAUAAAGGAUAUCGAAAGCGCUCUGGGUGGCAGCAGUGAAGUUUCUGUUGAGGAUGUCCGCCGAGCCAUUCAGUCUGUUGACCCAGAGGCACCGACUGAGAUGAUUGAUAAAUACCUGGAGCGAGCGUUUAACAUCCCCUCUGAGCAGCAAGAGUCUGGCACCAAGAUUGAAACGACGCUGUUAGUCAAGAGAUUACAAAGUGGAAGCGUUAGGAGACUGGGCGCCAAACCGAAAUGAACAGACGCAGAUGAACUUUUCAUGGACAGUUUAUUUUUUACACCCUUUGAUCUAAAAAUGGCUGUAAUUUUCUAACGAUCCAAACUUUAAGUUCUAGGAAAUUGUAAAAAGCUAUUCAGUGUACUGAGCAAUGAGAGAAAAGAAAAAACAGUUGUUGAGAGCGUCAUAAUUAGAAAUUAAGUGAAUACUUAACCUAAACCCAAAACCUAAUUUUUGGUUUUAAAUGUAUAUAAUAAAAGGUGUACAUAUAUUUAAAAGCAAAUAGCGUCGAAACUACUA